AUGAGACGGCAAAGCAAUGCUCCAAGGCGCCCCAAUCUCUUGACACGUGCGGUGGAGGGCGUGUUUGAUCUUGUGCGCCUGGCAGAGUUUGAGAUUCUCUUUGUGGUCUUCCUGGUGAUAGUCCUGCUCCUUAUCAAGGACCUGACUGCCCGACCACAAUACAACCAGAUAUUCACGAGAAGCAUCCCGGAUCAGUUGAGGCAAUAG